AUGCGACUCUCAAUAUCAUGCGAAGGGUGUCGUCAAGCAAAGGUCAGAUGUGUGCAUGAAGGGGUCCCGCCAUGCCAGCGGUGCCAAAGGACCAAAAAGCCCUCCUGUGUUUUGACAGACCCGCGUGCAUCAAAGCUCAACUCGGGGAAAAAGAGCAUUCCAUCAAGAACCACGAGGAAGCGAAAGGCCGUUUCCACAGCAUCUCUAGCAACUGGCAGCAGUGAGGCUCCAUAUCGGAGCACUCCCCAGGUUGUUCCUGGGAAUCAAGAUGCAUCCGGUAAUCCCAUUUCGGCUCUCUCCCCAGCCACAGUAAUCAGCGCCGUCGAGACUUAUAGGAAGAAAUUCCCGGUCGCGAAUUUCCUGCACUAUCCCUCUCUCAUCUCGGAUAUAUCCGCUAGCCCUCUGUCGGUGGACCCAGUCUUCGUUGCGUCGCUACUUUCUCUCUGUGUGCGGUUCAUGCCCAUCCAUGAACUGGACGAUGAGGAGACGUAUGCGGACUAUGCCAGGAAGCAGCUUGCGCAUCGUGUGCUCGAGGCACCCUCGCUUUUUCUUGCUCAGUCGUUGGUCAUGAUCUCAUUUUAUGAAUGGGGGUCUGGGCGACCAUAUCAAGCUUGGAUGUACAGUGGCAUGGCCACUUACAUGAUCCAAUCGCUCUUGAAAAUGUCAGACGACAGCAUGGAACACAACCCCCAAGAGUUCCAUGCCUCACGGAUACAGUAUGAACAACUUGUUCGUACAUAUUGGUGCUGUUUUGCACAGGAUUGCGAGCUUAGUUCCGGAGCCCGACAGCACUUCGCAUUAUCCUUCUCUCAGAUCUCGGUACCGCUUCCUAUCAGUGACCGGGACUUCACAUUCGACCAUUCCCCGACAAGGAGGUUAAUGCCUGUGGACAUGAAUCAGAAGUGUCUUCUUGCAACGAAUUUGACCAUCGAGCAUGGGCUUACGAUUGUCACGCGCGGAUUUGACAUUUUCGUACGCAUUUUACGGUUUGCCAAUGAGCACCGACGGGAUUUGGCUUCCUUGUCGUCAGACGACUCUGCUGGUUCACCCCUACAUCUGACCUGGCAACAGCUUAAGGGAGAGCUGGACGAGUGGAGAUCUCUGCAAGACGCGACGGUCAGAUACCCUGCCACCAGCGCCCAGGCACAUGUUGCUCUUGGAUAUGGCGAGCUAUUCGCAUAUAUCAAUCUGGUCUAUUUCAUGAGGCAUGCCAUAUCUCCGAAACAAGAUGUAGACACCAAACUGACUGGCGACAGCGUACUUUUCCUCCACCGGGACCGAUUCCUUUCUAACCUGAAACCCCACUCCGAUGUCUUUCAUGACACCAGCGAUGGCAUACCGGGCGAACCGGGCACCAUCAAACAGCUUUUCGAAGCAGCCCAGCAAAUCGGCGGAGUCCUGUCCGCCCUCGAAGCCUCAGAAGCUCCCGUCAUAACGCCAUAUUCAGGCUUCAGCGUCUUCGUCGCCGCGCACAUAAAUAUGUACGGGACUAUCGCACCACAUCGGUACCCUGGCGGAUUUGAAAGAGCCGAGGAAGAGAAGAGCAAGAACCUGGAGUAUCUUGAGCGACUGAGUAGGUUCUGGCCUGUUGGUCGGAGCUGGUGGCGCACCGUCCAAGACGCAAAUCGCUUCUACGAAGCAGUGAAAAGUAACCAAACACACCCCGAGUCUGGCAUGCAUAGUCCGCGUCGUUUAGCACUGGCAGGAACAUUAGAUGAGUAUGGUGAUAUCCGCUCUCGUCCACACGGCGACCAGCAACAGCAAACUUCCCGGAGAAAUGCCGCUGUAUCCCAUGACUCUCCGCAUUACACUCAUGGAAGACCAUCUUCGCCACCUGAGCUCGGAAGCGAAGAUCAAUUCUUGUCGAGAGAGAAUGCCUCCCUUGGUGGUCAUCACGAUUUCGAAACUGAUAUGUUUCAGUGGCCGUUUAUUGAUGCCUCGUGGUCAACGGGGUUUGACAGUGGUUUGGAUGGGCUGUGGCAUAAUUCGGGGUUGUUUGAUAUGAAUCCGUCAAUGAGGUAG